AUGCCGUCUUCGUCUACUGCAAUGGCAAUCUUUUGGGCCCUCCUUCUACUGUUGACCAACAUCUUGCCGGGUUCCCCGGCAGACGCGCAUGGAUGUCGGCAAAUGCAACUCACUCAGUGGGAGGCUCGAAAACCCAACAAAUUUCGCCUUACGGAAGCAGAGAGGUCCCUCCCUCUCUACGUUCAGUGUUUUGCGCAGCGGGUAGAAAAGGGUGAUACACAGUUUGGCAACGCUACUUUGUGGAAUAGUUUCACUGGAAAUGCAGCUAAGAACGCGGACCAGUGUCUCAAUUUGAAUUGCGCCGACUGCACGCCGUCAAAGCUGACGUUCGGUGGUAAGCCACUUGAUCCCAACGAUGUUGAACCAAUUUGGGACGAGAAGAACGCAAAGUGUUGGAUGCCAACGGCUAGCAUUCAGCUUCGGCGCGUUCAUAAAAAAGACAUCAAGUUGAACCAAGGCGGCUGUAGGUUUGACAAGCUCUUCGAGCGACUCAAAACGACAUAUGGAGCAUGCAUGGUGAAUGAGCUUGUUGGCAGUCCCGAAAAGUGUGGUUACCCGUACCCGCUCACAAUCAAACUGAGAAAUGACAUUAAACACGCAAGAGGCAUAGAGGACAACGUUAAAUGCGCCUAA